CGCUGUCACUCUCAGCUGAUUCAUUUCCCCCGCCGGACAAUAUCCGUUUAUCGUGUCUUCUUUUUUUGUUACGUAUGAUACGCAGAGGCUUUUAUUGAGCUGUCAGUAGAGCUGACGAAUAAUGUCUGAAGUCCGCAGCGAGAAUCGUUAAUUGAGAACAUUGGGCGAGAAUAUUUAAUACUUAAUAUCGUACAAAACCGGGCCCAGCGUUUCGAAAUUAUGAUGUGACAGUGUCCGAAUUAUCGGAUGAAAGUGAUGGCUUCGAUCUGUCGACGCUGGAGAUUAUGGAUAUUGCCAGUGCUGACCUGCCUGUAUGCUCUACUUAUUGUCAUACUUGUACCAAUCUUGCUAGUCAAUUCUAUUAAGAAUGGUUUCAAGAAGCAGGAUCAAGGCGCACUGGUGGGUGGUGCUUUCGUCCUGUUGGCAUUGCCCAUCGCCUUCUACGAAAUUGUCCAACACAUGAUAUAUUAUACGCAACCUAGAUUACAGAAAUAUAUAAUAAGGAUAUUAUGGAUGGUACCCAUCUAUGCAGUGAAUGCUUGGUUAGGUUUGGUAUAUCCCCAAGGCAGCAUAUAUGUGGAUAGUUUAAGAGAAUGCUAUGAAGCAUAUGUGAUAUACAAUUUUAUGAUGUAUCUACUGGCCUAUUUGAACGCCGAUCACCAAUUGGAACAUAGACUGGAAAUCUCUCCUCAAGUGCAUCACAUGUUUCCUCUGUGCUGUCUUCCCGACUGGGAGAUGGGCAGAGAAUUUGUACAUAUGUGCAAGCAUGGAAUUUUACAAUAUACUGCUGUUAGGCCUAUAUCAACUUUAGUAUCGUUUAUCUGUGAACUGAACGGAGUAUAUGGGGAAGGUGAAUUUAAGGGAGACGUUGCUUUCCCAUAUAUGAUUGCUUUAAACAAUCUGUCGCAAUUUGUUGCCAUGUACUGUUUGGUACUCUUCUACCGUGCCAAUGUAGAGGCCUUAAAGCCAAUGAAGCCAAUUGGAAAAUUUUUAUGCAUCAAAGCUGUAGUAUUUUUCUCGUUCUUUCAAGGAGUAUUGAUAGCUCUGUUGGUAUACUUCGACGUUAUAUCGAGUAUUUUUAAUACGGAUGAUACAGAUGACAUCAGAAAUAUAUCGUCCAAAUUGCAGGAUUUCCUGAUUUGCAUAGAAAUGUUUUUAGCUGCGGUGGCGCAUCACUACAGCUUUUCCUACAAACCAUUCGUUAAUUUGGCCCAAGGUCAAGCGUGGUGGGAUGCAUUUAGAGCAAUGUGGGAUGUUUCUGAUGUACAUAACGACAUAAAGGAACACUUGGGUGUUGUUGGCUCGUCCCUAAGCCGCAGGAUACGCGGACGCGGUGCUUAUCAGCAAGCUUGGGGAAGUGCAACAGAGCGUACAUCGCUCCUACCAGAGGGAACAGUGAUCAGUCAAGCUAGAAGCGCGCCUACUUGCUCAUUCUCGGGCUACAAUACGGCAGAAGCCGGACUGAACAAUAAUCCAUCCGUCGGGGAAUCUGAAGAAGCAAUUACGGAUGUGCAGGAUAAUAGUAAUACCGUUAAUACGUAGCCGAUACGUCCUAAUUCAAUUGCACGAGAACGACACACAAUCGAUCCAUUGCGAAAACGGCGUAUGUUAACGCAAAUUAUUCUUUCGUAUUAUUUUUAAGCGAAAAAAAGUAUAUAGUUUUGCAAUAAUUAUCUCCAGCAUUGUUGUACAAAUGAUCGCGAUCAUUUAUUGUCACAUGUGUAUCGUCCUUGGACAUUAUAUACAGUGUCUCAGAAGCAGGGAUAUCACUUUAAGACUUCUGAUUAUUCACUACAGUCAUAUUAAAUUAUAUCAAAUAUAUAAAUUCCUUUCUUGCAUUAUACGUUGAAAAUAAAUUAGUUUUUUAUAUGUACAAGUUGCGUUCGAUAGUUGGAGACAAAAUUCCCUUAACAAAUAUAUUUUAUAUUUUUUAUAGCAAUUUCUGACAUUUUAUAUAUUUAUAUUCAAGCUUUCAAUUACAAUUUUUAAAUAAAAUUUUGUUUAUUCUAUUUGAGAUUAAUAGAGAACAUAAUUCUAUUGUUUGUUUCAAAUUUUUGGAUAUGUAAAAAAAUCGAUAGCGAAAGGGAUAUCCGGUAGUUUUAGGACACUAUGUGCUACAUGAUUUACGAUUUAAGGAAUUUGAUACUACAGUUUCAGCAGUGAAUUUUGUGAAGAAAUAAACUGCUUACUAUGUCCUUGCUUUAUGAAAGAUACACUUUAUGUUACCAAAUGUACUACCAAAUAAUGUAUAUAAAUUUAUAUAUACGUAGCGAAAUACGAGAUCCGUAUGAUAUUUGUACAUACUUCGAAUGACCAAGGCAUCAUGCAUUUUACGACACGUCCGACAGAUGUAUCUAUUUUAUUUUUCUCUUAAUAUAUCGAAAAAAAGAUUCUAAGAACAAACUAUAUCUGGAUAUUAGGCGUUUGAAAUCUCUUAUUCUUUCUCGCUUUGUAUGUAUACACGCAAUGUCCAAUCCGUACUCUGUAGUUAUAAUUUAAAAUUAUUUUAUAAUUACAGUAUACCGGAAAUAUAAAGGCUGUGUGUUUACACAUUAA